CCUCUGGAUGGCAGCGAUGCAGCUGGCCGCGCUGUGGGCGCUGUGCCUGUUCCCGGGCAGCCUGGCCCUUCCCCUGCCACAGACCCAUGACGGAGGAGGCAGGAGUGAGCAGCAGCAGGAGCUGGCUCAGGACUAUCUCUCAAGAUUUUACCCAUCUAACUCAAAAUCAAAAGAUGCUAACAGUUUAGAAAUGAGACUCAAGAUAAUGCAAAAGUUCUUUCGCCUGCCUAUAACUGGAAUACUAAACCCCCACAUUAUAGAAAUAAUGAAGAAGCCCAGAUGUGGAGUGCCAGAUGUUGCAGAAUAUUCGUUGUUCCCAAAUAGACCUAGAUGGCCUUCUAAAGUGGUGACCUACAGGAUCUUGUCCUAUACUGAAGACUUAUCCCAUGUUGUGGUGAACCAGUUAGUGGCCAAGGCCUUGGACAUGUGGAGCAGAGAGAUCCCACUGAGCUUCCGGAGAGUCAGACGGGGAAAUGCUGACAUCAUGAUUGGCUUUGCCCGGGGAGCUCACGGAGACAACUAUCCCUUUGAUGGCCCAGGAAACACACUGGCCCAUGCCUUUUCCCCAGGGCAAGGCCUAGGAGGAGACGCCCACUUCGACAAGGACGAGUUCUGGACGGACGGCACAGUCAGUAUAGGGAUUAACUUUCUGAUCACCGCCACUCACGAAUUCGGCCAUUCUUUGGGUUUGGGCCACUCUUCCGACCCCAACGCAGUGAUGUACCCGACCUACAGCAAUGUGGACCCGAAGGAAUUCAAACUUUCUCAGGAUGAUAUCGACGGCAUCCAGAAGUUAUAUGGAACAAGAGAAUAAUCCCCUAAAGAAUUCGAGCUUUAGAAAGAAACACCAUCAUUCGUUGGAUCCCGUGUUACUGCUGUUCCCCAGCCAAUGCUAACGGGCAGUGCUGCCCUCCUCUGAUCUGGUCCCAAGCUGGGUCCACACACUCCUCUCUCCCGCCAGAG